AUGAGAGAAAGAACGGAUCCAACAUUCAGUGAGUUCUUACUUCGCGUGGGUAACAGAGAUGAACCAACAAUAAGAGACAUUUUAAUCCUUCUUCCAGAACAAUUAACUAUCAAGCAUUGUAGGGAUGAAAUUCCAGAAGAAUCUAUAAUAAAAGAGAUAUUUCCAAACCUACAAGAAAAUGCUACUAGGUCAACAUAUGUCACCAAACGAGCUAUCUUAGCAAGCAGAAAUGACCAUGUGGACAAUCUUAAUGACAAGUUAAUAUCCAUGUUCCCAGGUGAAAGCAAGACAUUCAAUAGCUUUGACUCGGCAGAAGAUGACACCAACAACUAUUACCAAGAAGAAUAUAUAAAUACUUUAACACCAAACGAACUGCCGCCACAUAGGUUAGAAUUAAAGGAAAAUGCACCCAUCAUGCUAUUGACGAAUUUAGACCCUUCAAUUGACUCAUGCAAUGGCACCUGA